AUGUCUUCAUCUGCUCAGCCGAUGCCAGUUGUCGCGUGCGGCAGGAAAACCGCGGUCGGAAAACCAGUCUCCCAGCACCUGCUGCCUGAAUAUGAAGUUAUUCACUUCAUACAGUCAUAUGAGGCCGCAGAGGCUGAGCUCCCGCAUCUGCUUGUAGGCCGUGAUCCUCAGUCUCAGAACCCCAACGAUAUUGGAACCCACGAUUACAGUCGGCCUCCUCGCGCCGUGCUCUUCGGCCGUGGCUAUGAGCCUCAGCAGGUUGAAGAGCUUAAGAAGAAGUUCGCGGGCAUUGCUAAAGAACCUGUUGCUUGGGUGAGGGGGAACCCGGCGGAUGUCCCUGUCGCCCCUGUGCCUGAUUAUGCUCAGAAGGUCGCGGUGGACAUGAAGACGGUGCUUGGUAAAUGGAGGGACGCGGGAGCCAAAGACGAGGAGAUUUUGGUGUACUAG